AUGGAUCAAUUUAUGGAGAAUAAAGGAGAUGAUGAAAAUGAAAAAAAUACCGCUGCCACAAAAAUGACUCCAACGAGUGCUAAAGAGCAUCGAAAUCAAGUAUGUUUAGAUAUUGGGAGAUUCUUUUUUGAGAAUGGGAUCACAUUUAAUUGUGCAAGAAGCCCAUCAUAUUUCAAUAUGUUGCGUUCGGUUGGGAAUUAUGGUCGAGGAUUGAAAGCUCCAACAAUGCAUGAAAUGAGGACUUGGAUACUAAAAGAAGAAGAGAAGACAACAUCCGAAAUUGUGAAUGAGAUCAAAGCAACAUGGAAACGAACAGGGGUUUCAUUAUUAUCAGAUGGUUGGUCAGAUAUGAGAAAUAGGAGUCUGAUCAAUUUUCUAGUUAACAAUCCCUAUGGGACUGUUUUUUUGAAAACUAUUGAUGCAUCAGAUUGUGUAAAAGAUGCACAAAAAUUGUUUGAAUUGCUUGAUGAUGUUGUUGAAGAAAUUGGAGAAGAUAUUGUCAUUCAGGUGAUCACAGAUAAUGCAAGUGCAUACAAGGCAGCUGGAAGAUUAUUAAUGGAGAAGAGAAAAAGUUUGUAUUGGACUCCGUGUGCUGCUCAUUGUAUUGAUUUGAUGCUUGAGAAAAUUGGAGAAUUGCCACAACAUAAAAAUGCUUUGCUUAAAGUAAAGAGAGUUAGCAAUUUCAUCCAUAACCAUCAAUGGGUGUUGAGUUUAACAAGAAAAUUUGCAAAGAAAGAUCUUCUUUGA